UCCCUUUUGCCCGUGCUUAUAAGUUGCUUGGAGCAACUUGGUGGAAUGUGCAAAAACUCUCCUUGCAAAAGCCGCACUUCCCUUUUAACCGCAACCGUCUGUGUCUUUACGGUGCCCGUAAUGCAUCGGCUGUGUGCGCGUUCAUUUUUGUUGUUGCUGUUGUAUUUUUUAUUUUAUUGUAUUUUUUUUACGGCGCUCCCCCGUGUUAUUACGUUAUAGAAAACAGCCUAAAGAAGGCGAGAGAGAGAGAGAGAGAGAGAGAGAGAGAGAGAGAGAGAAGAGUGGGAGGCGGAGGAGGGGAAUAAGCGUGGGUGGAUCGGAAACAUUUUCUGAAAGGAUCUCAAGCGAGAGAGCAGCGAGUGAGGCCCUGUUGCAACGUAACUUAGGAACUCAAACACGCCUAUAACGAGCGGCGCCUUUAAAUAUAUAUAGAAAUACAGACACGGCGGCGCACGCGCGCGCGCGCUGAGGGGCGCGCACGGUUUGUUAAGGUGUGACGGCCGCGUUUCUCUUUAUGCCCCCUCUGUCUCUCUUUCUCUCUCUCUCUCCGCCGUUCAGUCACAUCUGUGUGUUUGCUUUCAACCGAAGGGGGAAGUCUCACCGGAUAAGAGAUAUCCGACAUGCCCCAUCCGCCAUCUCUUUCUCAAUCGCCCUCAUUUGCAUAGCCUACCGCGCUCCAUUCAUAAAAAAAGAAAAAGAGAAAAAAAAGUAGUAGGCUAUGUGGGAUUGUAAACGACGGCUGGCUUUGAGAGUCGAAAGAGAGAGAUUCGGGUGGAUUCGAGUCGUCGCGGCUCGGUUCUGUCCGCCACGCGGGCUCGUUCGCCUCCUGCGAAAUGUAGCUCCCGCGUGGAGGCCCACAGACCUGUUUACGACGGCACGAGCCGAAUGCUUUCCCCCCGAACGAGCUGCUUUCAUGUUAGGCGACACAUGAACUACACUAGUGACAGCUACAUCGUGCGUGUGAAAGCGGUGGUGAUGACGCGGGACGACUCAAGCGGCGGCUGGCUGGCUCAGGAUGGGGGGGCCCUCACCCGGGUGGGCGUCUGUCGCCUCCUUCCUACGGAGGUGAUGCAUCUCUCCGGCUCCAGUUCGCAGUUCGUCAUCCGGGGGGAACGGCUGCGUGACAAACAGGUGAUCCUGGACUGUCCGCUGAGGAAGGACAUAGUGUACACUAUCGCAAUGCCGACAUUUCACCACUGGAAGGUGGAGGACAGGCGGUGCGGACUGUCGUUCCAGUGUCCAGCUGAUGCCAGAGCCUUCGACAGAGGGGUGCACAAAGCAAUUGAAGACCUGACUGAAGGAUCCACGACUUCCUCUACGGCACUCCAGAACGAGGGAGAACUGGGGGACGACGACGUUUUCACUAACACCACAGACAGCUCAUCCAACUCCUCUCAGAAAUUGGACAGCUCCCUGCCGCCGCUCGAGUCCUCGCCCCUUCCUCAGAGACAUAAGUGCACGCCAGGACAUCGACAUGACCUGCAUGACUCCUACCGCCUCACAGACCACUACUACUUGGACCAGCCAUUGUCUCGGAUUCCUCGACACGUCACCUUCGAGGAUGAGGAAAUUGUCCGAAUCAACCCCCGGGAGCGCAGUUGGGAGCGGAGCACAGAACGCUACCUUGGACGGCAGGCAGAUCGCUCCUGGAACACGGGCUAUGAGGACUACCGACACGCCAUUGUGCGUGAUAGAUACAUCCACCCGGAUGAGACUGAGUCCUAUGUACACUUCGACAAAACAGAGGCACAGAAGCACGACUAUACCUACCCGCUGGCACCUUCCUUAUCGCCAUCAGACUCUGACCCCGCCCUGGGAUCUUUGACCUCUAAGGGUCACAGCGGGUCCUACCACCAGCCCUCUUCUUCGGUCGUUUCCAGCCAGCCUCGGUCGUUUUUCACGAGCUCUUCCCUGUCCUCCAAUGGAAGGAAGGGCAAAGGGUUGGAGCGUGCUCAGUGCGAGCACUGCGGCGAGGCGUUCUACCUCUCCGAAAACCGGAGAGGACGGUGCCAGGACGCCCCAGAUCCCCUGCGGUUGUGCAUCCGACGGGUCAGCUGCAUGUGGCUGGCAGACACCAUGCUCUACCACUGCAUGUCUGACCCAGAGGGGGAGUACUCGGACCCCUGCUCCUGCGACGGAGGCGAGGGUAGCGGCGGGGGCCGACUCGGCACCCGCUGGCUGGCUUUGCUAGGCUUGUCCGCGGUGGCGCCGUGCCUCUGCCUCUACCCGCCCCUCCACGCCUGCCACCGGGUGGGGCUCGCAUGCGGCUGCUGCGGAGGCCGACACAAGGCCCAGAGCUGAGAUGUCGUACUUGGAAUCCUCUCAGAGGAAACAUUGGAAAAAAAAAAAAACUUAACCCAACGCAAACACAGAGAAAAGGAGGGAUGGGGAAAAAGCUCAGCAGAGGAACAAGUGGUCGCGGCUGUUCGCUCUCUUGCCUUGGUUUUUCUGGGUUUCUCUACAAAUUCCAGACACUGAAAUAAGCCAAAUAAGAAAAAAAAAAAAAAAACAGUUGGUGCAUUUUGUGAACAGCCUGGGAAGAUAAGCUCCCCCUUAUGGCAGACAGUUCUUUCAGCUCUCCAUGUGGCCAUUUCAUGCUCUGUUUCUAAAGAGAGAGCAGUCUUUUUCAGGGGGCCUUUUUUAUAGCCAACCUAUACGUCAUGUAUCACAUAUGCAGGUACUUUAUAUUGUUAUAUUUGUACAUUGACUCGGCCUCAAAGAACUUGAAUUCUUUGUUGUAUUUCUUUUUCCUUCCUUUAAUGUCUCUGUGGCCAUAUUGUUUAUUUUCUAUUCAAACAUCAGGCCCGCUCAGUUCAACAGAAAUCAGACACUACACCUCUUUGGGAAUGUGUGUGUGUGUGUGUGUGCGUGCGUAUUUGCGUGUUUAUAUGAGUGUAAGUUGAGGCCUUUUGUUGUCUGUACUGAAGCUUGUAGUAAAGCUAAUGUAUAUUCUCUUCAUAAGUUCUCUGCGGACAUCUUUCCUCGCUCAACCGAAUGCGGUACGAAUCUUAAAGGCACAGUUUUGAUUUCUGAAGCAAGGUUCUGUGAAGGUCUUAUCAGCAACAGGUCCCUUUCUUGUGAGCAGGCAGAUGUCUUAUCACAGUGAGUUUGUAGAAACGUCAAUGAAUCCUCACGUGAACCUCUCCGUUGCAUCUGACUCAGGCAGUUUGACUAAAAAAACAACGUUUGCGGGACCACGACGCCGCGGUUGCGGAUGUCCAUCGUCUACACUUCUGCAAGAGGCCGCCGGGAGGUUUGUCACUUUUUCUCCGCCGAGCGAUGUCAACGCCACUGACGAGGAGUUGCGCUGUCGGAAUGAUUCCUAAACAACUUACGAGACCUGGAAAAGCACAGGAAUGCGAAAAAGAAAAAAAAGACAGCCUGUCACAAAAUUCAACAGUUCCCUCCCCUUUUGGUGGACCAGAGAUUAGACUGACACGAUGCAUAGUGUUAUGGAUAAGACUUUUUGAAUAUGCACAGAUGAGCGCGCACGUUCCUGACGGUAGACUAAGCUAAAAAGGAAAAUCUUGACUGAAUCUUCAGGACAGCUUUUUAGGGUCCUAAAUGUGAAAGAGUGUCGAUGCAUUUUACUACAUGUCAAAUAACGAGCUUCAAAGUAGAAACUUUUUCUUCUGGUUUAUUAUUUGGUAAGGUUUUUCAUUCAUAAUUGAACACUUAAAUCACACUUCUGCUUCCAACCAACACUGUGUCUCACCUAUAGUCAUUGAACUCACUGCAAUGUGACAUCUUUCCAGUGCAGGCAAGGGAAUCAUUAGCGAUGACACCUUAACAGAAUCUCUCUUCAGCGAAUGUAAUCAAUCCUUUUAAUACUCUUAAGAUAUUCCAAAGAUUUAUGUUUUUUUUUAAAAAUCCUAUUUAUUUACUCAUCACCUACUUCUUGAAGUGUGAUUCACCGUUGCCUCAAGUAAUGCUACGAUAAUCUAGCAUCCCUUCAUCUUCUCUCUCGUGACCUUUAAGCAGUGCCUAGAAAUUCCCUUGACCAGGUCCGACAGUCCCAGUCAGCUCAUUUAGUUCAGCAAAGCAAGAGCCUCCAUCCAGAAAUCAGGACUAUUAUUAUUAUUUUAUUUUAUUUUUUGGUCAAACACUGAAAUAAUAAAAAUAGCGAUCACCCACCAUUUACCUAUUUUUGCCCAUAUGCCUUAAAAUGUGGAGUCUCAGUCUACGCUUCACUUUCUCUCUGUAAAGAUGUCUGCAACAAUCAAACUUAUUCAGCCGGACGUGAUUUAAGCUAUUUUUUUCUAACUAGAAAUUUCAAGGAAAUUUGGAGGGAAAAAAAGAAAAAGUUCUCACUACACAUGUAAGCUAUGGGCUCUGGUUUGCCUGCGAUACACAAUCAACACACGAUUUAUUUAUUUAUGUUUUUAAAACCUUCAAAAUCCCCAAACUCCCUCACUGGUCACAUAUGGGACAGCACAGGGCCCGACGAAUUUUACUCUAUCUUACAAAAAAAAUUCUCAAUAGAAUUUUACUCUAUUGAGAUAAUUAUCAAUUAUCUCAAUUAUAAAGCGACUCUGUGUGUUGCCAAAAGUCUCGGCUUUAAAAGUUGUUGUUGUGAACAUGAGAAACAAACUUGCUGAAACCGCGUGUGACCAGUGUGCGCUAUUAAUCUCUGCCCUAAAAUCGUCCCCUCAACCCUCAAACCUCAUGCCAGAUCUGGCUCAGCGACAGAACUGUGGGUUCGUCUGCGACUGAUUGGGAAAGAAAUGGUUGAAGUUUACAUAAAGGGGGGCAGGUGGGGUCUGCGAGCGCUUUGAAUUUUGCAGCAAAUGCAGAAAGAAAGGGAAAAAGAAAAAAAAAGAAAAGUGGAAACGUUGUCCCACCUGCGGUUUUACUGUCUCUUUGGCCCUUGGCCUCUGCGAUGGCAACGUCUGGAACGUGUCGGCGAACACAAUAAGCCGUUUAAAGAUACGAGGCAGGAUGUCGGUAGGAAUCCCUCGGAGAGCACAACGUGUAAAAUUGACGUCUGCGAUUCUAAAAACAAGCGUUCGGCCCUCAUUGUUUUGCCAAGGAAGCGUCCCUUUACUGUAGCUGAAAAGGGUUUAAGGAUGUCCUAUUUCCCCCCCUGGUUGUAUCUGUUCGACACAUCCUGUCCCCUGUACCCACUUGUGUGUCACUGCGUGUGUGUGUGUGCGUGCGUGUGUGUGUGUUUACGUGGCAUCCUCUCCAGCCUCUCCAUCCGAAGAUACUGGGAUCAGCUUGCAGCCUGGCUUUGUUCUACUAAUUUUGGAUCCAUUAAUGACGAUGCAUCAGGGACUGGGCCAAUCCGUUCAGAAAGUGUCUGUGUGUUGUUUUUCUUCUGUUUUUUUUUUUACAUUGAUCUCACAUGUCAGAGCCAUUAACAAAGUGCCUGAACACAUCCACCUUAUCUUGUGUAUUUAAAUCGGAAACAACAAAAAAGAAUUGGUAAAAAAAAAAAAAAAAACACUGUACUAAAUUGGAUCUUUUUUUUUUCUUUUGUUUUUUUUUUACACUUAGCAUUUUUACCUCUGUAAAAAACAACAAAACAAAAUAAGAGCAAAAAUUAUAUUAUAUAUAUCACGUGUAUGUUGUACAUUUCUAUUUCUGUAUUUGCUUUUUUAAGUAACUGUUUAUAACAUGUAUGAUGGAUGUAGCUCUUGCUUUUGAGAAGGACAAGGAAGUACUUUGUAGAUACGAAAGAGUGGCCAGGGCCUGUGAGAAAAAUCACAGUGAAAUGUGUGUCUUACCUUCUGCCUUUAAUAAAACGAGAGAACACAGAGAAAACCCGCACGAA